GCCGCCGCCAGCUCCGGCGGGCAGCAGGCGCUGGAGCGCAGCGCAGCUCAGCGCAGCCCAUCGGCCGGCAGAGCGGACUGAGCUAGAAGCGGAGCGCUGUGGCCGGAGGCGAGCGAUGAGGGCAGGUGCUGGUUGCAGCGCCAUGGACCGGUCACGCCUGCUGCUGCUGCUGCUGCUGCUGCUUCUAGGGGUGUCUCUUGAAGGUGCCAAGGGGACAUGUCCUACAGGCUUGUACACCCAUAGCGGAGAAUGCUGCAAAGCCUGCAACCUGGGCGAAGGUGUGGCCCAGCCUUGUGGAGCCAACCAGACCGUGUGUGAACCCUGCCUGGAUAGUGUGACGUUCUCUGAUGUGGUGAGCGCCACUGAGCCGUGCAAGCCGUGCACCGAGUGCCUGGGCCUGCAGAGCAUGUCCGCUCCCUGCGUCGAGGCAGAUGAUGCAGUGUGCCGAUGUGCCUAUGGCUACUACCAGGACGAGGAGACUGGCCGCUGCGAGGCGUGCAGCGUGUGCGAGGUGGGCUCAGGACUCGUGUACUCCUGCCAGGACAAACAGAACACAGUGUGUGAAGAGUGCCCAGAGGGCACGUACUCAGACGAAGCCAACCAUGUGGACCCGUGCCUGCCCUGCACGGUGUGCGAGGACACGGAGCGCCAGUUACGCGAGUGCACGCCCUGGGCCGACGCUGAGUGCGAGGAGAUCCCUGACCGGUGGAUCACAAGGUCUACACCCACAGAGGGCUCGGACAGCACGGCCCCCAGCACCCAGGAGCCUGAGGCACCUCCAGAUCAAGACCCCGUAGCCAGCACGGUGGCAGAUAUGGUGACCACUGUGAUGGGCAGCUCCCAGCCUGUAGUGACCCGAGGCACCACGGACAACCUCAUUCCUGUCUACUGUUCCAUCUUGGCUGCGGUGGUUGUCGGCCUCGUGGCCUAUAUUGCUUUCAAGAGGUGGAACAGCUGUAAACAGAACAAACAAGGAGCCAACAGCCGGCCAGUGAACCAGACGCCCCCACCCGAGGGAGAAAAACUCCACAGCGACAGUGGCAUCUCUGUGGACAGCCAGAGCCUGCACGACCAGCAGACCCAUACACAGACGGCCUCAGGCCAGGCCCUCAAGGGUGACGGCAACCUCUACAGCAGCCUGCCCCUGACCAAGCGUGAGGAGGUGGAGAAGCUGCUCAAAGGCUCGGCAGGGGACACCUGGCGACAUCUGGCAGGCGAGCUGGGCUACCAGCCUGAGCAUAUAGACUCCUUCACCCACGAGACCUGCCCAGUCCGAGCCCUGAUGGCCAGCUGGGGUGCCCAGGACAGCGCAACGCUCGAUGCCCUUUUAGCCGCCCUGCGCCGCAUCCAGAGGGCUGACAUUGUGGAGAGUCUGUGCAGCAGUGAGUCCACAGCCACAUCCCCGGUGUGAGCUCGCAGGCCGGGAGCCCCUGUCCUGCCCCACAUUCCAACAUCUGAUGCUCUAGCCAGCCCCCCACAGAGACGUCCCCUUUCCCCUGGGGUGGCCCAGCAGUCAGAGCCGAGCUCCUCUGUGCAGGGCCUCUGAGCCCUGCUCCCCACACCAUAGCCCUGUUGCUGUCCCCGAGGGAGCCCUUGCCUCUGACCACACUUCCUCUCCGGUGAGAGGCAGGACCACCCCAAGCCUGUCCCGCCCCAUGACCGCCUCAGGCCUUUUCUCCCUCUCCCACCCCUUAGCGGUGUCAGAUCUGGGGGUCUGACACCAGAGACGGUAUCGGGGCGCCCCAGAGACUCAGGCAACACUAAAGAGCCAGAGUCACGGACUCCACACUGUGAACUGGAGAACAGGGGGCGCUGUGGUAGGCUAGGCCUUCCUUAGUCCCUCCCUCCUCCGCUCUGGCCAAAGAUAAACAGGAUUACAGGCCCCUCUGAGCUGCAGGCAGGCUUGAAAGCCAGUCCACACUCCCCCCUUACACACAGGCUAGAGAGGCAGGGACUGGCUCAGCACACCCAGCAGCAGAGAGAGCCAAUGGAGGCUGACAUCCUCCUCGCUGAAUGAGGGCAUCAGGUGUGCGUGAUGGCAGGGAUGGAGCGACUUUCAGAGACAUGUCCGGAAGCCAAGUCUGUCCCACCCUCUGCCACUUCCAGGCCCCUACCCAAGCCUUGUGCAGAUGAACUGUUUGCCCAAGGCCUGGUCCAUUGGCCCAUCCUAAUGGAGUCAGGCUAGGGCUUUGGGGAGUGGGGUGAUGCCCUUCCUCUGUCUCUGUCAGGCUUACCCACAUGGCAUUGGCAGGGUGGUACAUCUGUUAGUGUCCUCAUUCUCGGCAUAGGCCUGGAGCCAAUGUUGGCCCCUAGAAUCAGCCCUAGAGGUCAGGGACCAAGGACUCCCCCCCCCCACCAUCCCAAUAACACACACACACACACACACACACACACACACACACACACACACACACGAUAAGAUAUCUUGCUUUUCCAUGCUCUUUUUGGGCUGAGACUAGAUCCUGCUGGGGGGUCGCUGCCAGAAAAGCAUCGGAGGGAACUGAGCUGAACUUCACGGGGGCCGCCUUCCUCGCCCCCGGGUUUGGCAGGCCAAGGACUGCUGUGUCUGAGCUGGCGUCUGUCUUCCAAGGCCCUGCGCGUGGAGGAAUGCUCAUACUCCUCCCCUUCUCCAAGCCUGAGUUUGGCUGUACCCAGAAGGCUACAGUGAAGAUAAGCGGGCUGGUGGGAGAGUGCAGCAAGAAAAAAAAAAAAACAACCAAAAAACCAGA